CGAGAUAUAACGAUCAAACACCGUCUAAAAUACGACCAAUCACUGACAUAUACGAAGGACGCCGAUUGAAAAAGUGACACUGACGUUACGCCGGAAAUGUACAUUAAUUCAGCAAGUUUAUGACGUGCGGUCCACAGUUAAUGGUGAAAUGAGUGAUGACAUUACAUCGGCAGACAUGGCAGAGGAGGCGACUGCGCCAUUCUUGUCCAACCUUGACUUCUUUAUUCUCUCUUUGAUAGCAGGAAUGGCCGUUUAUUGGCUGUUCUUUAAAAACAAACAGAAGGAGCAACCAGUAUUCAAGAAACUUACAGUAUCUCCCUUGAACAGAAGUUCCUCUUAUGAUCCGAGUUUUAUCAAUAAAAUGAAGAAUUCAGGUCGUAAUGUUGUGGUGUUCUACGGGUCACAGACGGGCACAGGAGAGGAAUUUGCAGGCCGUCUGGCCAAGGACUGUGCUGGAUACGGGAUGAAGGGCAUGGUCGCAGACCCAGAAGAGUGUGAAAUGGAGGACCUAUCACGGCUGUCUGAGAUAGAGAAAGGUCUCGCUAUAUUCUGCAUGGCCACAUAUGGGGAGGGGGACCCAACAGACAAUGCUCAGGAGUUCUACGAGUGGCUGCAGACAGGGGAUGUGGAACUUGCAGGUGUAAAAUACGCUGUGUUUGGCUUGGGUAACAAGACGUAUGAGCACUACAACGCUAUGGGCAAGUAUGUGGACAAGAGGCUGGAGGAACUGGGCGCUGAACGCGUCUUUGAGCUGGGCAUGGGUGAUGAUGAUGGGAACAUAGAAGAAGAUUUUGUGACAUGGAGGGAAAAGUUUUGGCCUGCAGUCUGUGAACAAUUUGGAGUGGAGCCCACAGGGGAUCAAUUCAAUAUUCGUCAAUACAACCUCACUGUUCACGAUGAUUUGUCUCAAGAGAAGGUAUUCAAAGGAGAAAUUGCACGGCUGCGAUCAUUUGAAAACCAGCGUCCACCCUAUGAUGCCAAAAAUCCCUACUUGGCUCCUGUGAAAGUCAAUAGGGAGCUCCACAAGGCAGGCGACAGGUCCUGCAUGCACAUAGAGUUUGACAUCUCGGGAUCCAAAAUCAGAUACGAGGCAGGGGACCACGUGGCCAUAUUCCCAAAGAACGACACUGCAGUUGUGGAGAAAAUAGGGAAACGACUGGGAGUGGAUCUGGAUACUGUUAUUACACUGACAAAUGUGGAUGAUGAGGCUAGUAAAAAGCAUCCAUUUCCGAACCCGUGCAGUUACCGCACGGCUCUUCUUCACUACCUGGAUAUCACCAGCACCCCUCGGACACACAUCAUGAGAGAGCUGGCGGAGUAUGCCAGAGACAAGGAUAAGGAGUUCCUGCUGAAAAUGUGUUCACCCACGCCUGAAGGAAAGAGCCUGUACAAUGAAUGGAUCGUCAAGUCUCAUCGAACCAUUCUCCAUAUACUGGAAGACCUGCCUACUUUAGAGCCUCCCAUCGAUCAUGUAUGUGAGCUGUUACCACGGCUACAGGCUAGAUACUACUCUAUCUCAUCAUCACCAAAAAAAGACCCUACGAGUAUCCACAUCACUGCAGUGCUGGUGAAGUAUGACACCAAGACAGGCCGCACCAUCAAGGGAGUGACCACCAACUGGCUGGCUGAUAUGAAGCCAGGGGCUGACAGCACACACAGGGUGCCCAUCUAUGUCAGGAAGUCUCAGUUCCGCCUGCCGUUCAAGUCAGGACUGCCUGUGAUCAUGAUAGGACCAGGCACAGGGCUGGCUCCCUUUAGAGGAUUCUUACAGGAGAGGCACUUCUUAAAAACAGAGGGCAAGCCAGUAGGGGACACAAUCCUGUAUUUUGGUUGCCGUAAGAAGGCUGAAGACUACAUAUAUGAGGAUGAGCUGCGGGGAUAUGUGGAGAAUGAGACCCUCACCAAACUACAUGUGGCGUUCUCGCGUGACCAGGACAGCAAGGUGUACGUGCAGCACCUGCUCAGUGAGAACAAAGAGGAGACCUGGAAGCUGCUAGAGGCUGGCGCUCACCUCUAUGUUUGCGGCGAUGCCCGGAACAUGGCCAGAGAUGUCCACGAAACCCUGCUGACCAUUCUCCAGGAGUGUGGGCAGCUAGACUCAAUCCGUGCUGCAGACUACAUCAAGAAACUGCAGAACAAGGGCCGCUACUCUUGUGAUGUCUGGAGUUAAUUCUUGCACAAGGGACACUACUCUUCUGGCACCUAGAGUCGUCUUUGCACAGGAGCCACUACUCUUGAGAUGACUAGUAAAAACUAUUGCACAAUGGACACAAUACUUUCAUUGCAUUGAGUUGACUUUUGCUGUUAUGUUGAGUGUUGUAAAUAUGGAUGAUUAGAGCUCUCUAAUAUAUUUUGUUUUAUUCUUAGUCAAGCAGUUAUUUCUUUGCUUUUAUUGUUUUAUGAUCCACUUUUUUGGUAAGUGGUGAACAUGAUGAAACCAUUCCAAAGUUGUCCCAGAAUGUCAAGAUGUAAAACCUUUUUCUUGUAUUAUUAGUAUUUACUUGACUGUAAUGAUACCAUUGUAUCCAGAGCCUGUAUUCUCAAAGCUCUUUAGGUCGCUGUGGUGUAAUGGAUAUGGUGUCCGCCUAGCGACCGGGAAGUCACGGGUUCGAUCCCCACCGAAGGAUCGUUCUUUAGAUCUCCCCCAUAGACACCAAGUACUGGUUCUAGGCCCAGGAAACAGACUUGAGAGCAUUGAGACGGUGUGUCGCGCGAAAGAAUUACGUUGAUAUCUUCAAGGUCAAGGUCACAAUUUGAGUUUGAAGGUCAAAAAUGGCCAAAAAUGAGCUUGUCCGGGCCAUAACAUUUUUGUUCAUUGUCAGAUUUUAAAAUCAUUUGGCACAUUUGUUCACCAUAAUUAGAUGGUGUGUCGCGCGAAAGAAUUACGUCGAUAUCUCCAAGGUCAAGGUCACAAUUUGAGUUUGAAGGUAAAAAAUGGCCAUAAAUGAGCUUGUCCGGGCCAUUACUUUGUGAUUCAUUGUGAGAUUUUAAAAUCAUUUGGCACAUUUGUUCACCAUCAUAAGAUGGUAUGUCGCAUGAAAGAAUCACGUCGAUAUCUGCAAGGUCAAGGUCACAAUGUGAGUUUGAAGGUCAAAAAUGGCCAUAAAUGAGCUUGUCUGGGCCAUUUCUAUGUCGUUCAUUGUGACAUUUUAAAAUCAUUUGGCACAUUUGUUCACCUUUAUUGGAUGGUGUGUCGCACAAAAGAAUUACGUAAAUAUCUCCAAGGUAAAGGUCGCCACAACUAAAAAUAGAUUGAUUUUGAAACAUCUAUGUAACUAUGAAAGGAUGAUAACUCAAGAAUGCUUAGGCCUAGGAUCAUGAAACUUCAUAGGUACAUUGAUCAUGACUGGAAGAUGACCCCUAUUGAUUUUCAGGUCACUAGGUCAAAGGUCAAGGUCACAGUGACUUGAAAUAGUAAAAUGGUUUCCAGAUGAUAACUCAAGAACGCUUAGGCCUAGGAUCAUGAAACUUCAUAGGUACAUUGAUCAUGACUGGAAGAUGACCCCUAUUGAUUUUGAGGUCAUUAGGUCAAGGUCACAGUGACUUGAAAUAGUAAAAUGGAUUCUGGAUGAUAACUCAAGAACGCUUAGGCCUAGGAUCAUGAAACUUCAUAGGUACAUUGAUCAUGACUGGCAGAUGACCCCUAUUGUUUUUUGAGGUCACUAGGUCAAAGGUCAAGGUCACAGUGACUUGAAAUAGUAAAAUGGUUUCCGGAUGAUAACUCAAGAAUGCUUACAUCUAGGAUCAUGAAACUUCAUUGGAACAUUGAUCAUGACUGGCAGAUGACCCCUAUUAAUUUUCAGGUCACUAGGUCAAAGGUCAAGGUCACAGUGACUCGAAACAGUAAAAUGGAUUCUGGAUGGUAACUUAAGAAUGCUUGCACCUAGGAUCAUGAAACUUCAUAGGAACAUUGAUCAUGACUGGCUGAUGACCCCUAUUGAUUUUCAGGUCACUAGGUCAAAGGUCAAGGUCACAGUGACUCUAAACAGUAAAAUAAUUUCCAGAUGAUAACUCAAGAAUGCUUACACCUAGGAUCAUGAAACAUCAUAGGUAUAUUGAUCAUGACUGACAGAUGACCCGUAUCAAUUUUCAGGUCACUAGGUCACAUGUCAAGGUCACAGUGACUAGAAACAGUAAAAUGGUUUCGGGAUGAUAACUAAAGAAUAAUUAGGCCUAGGAUCAUGAAACUUCAUAGGUACAUUGAUCAUGACUGGCAGAUGACCCCUAUUGAUUUUCAGGUCAGUAGGUCAAAGGUCAAGGUCACAAUGAAAAAAAAAUGUAUUCACACAAUGGAUUCCCCUACAACUGACAGCCCAUAUGGGGGGCAUGCAUGUUUUACAAACAGCCCUUGUUAUCCCCGCCAAAAAAAAAUUUGGAGGGGAUAUAGUAAUUGGUCCUGUCCAUCUGUCCGUCCGGCUGAAACUUUGUCUGGAGCAUAACUCCAAAUCUAUUCAAUGGAUUUACUUUAAACUUAGAAUAUAAACAGAUGGCAACUAGGAGAAGUGCAGUGACAAAAGAACCAUAACUCUAUCUACCUUAGUUUUUUAAUUAUCUCCCCUUUUAUAUACUUUUAAAGUAAAUUUUUGUUCGGAGCAAAACUCUAAAUAUACGAAAGGGAUUUACUUGAAACUUGAAAUAUAAGCAGAUGGCAACUAGGAGAAGUGCAGUGGCCAAGAACCACAACUCUAUCUACCUUAUUUUUUGAAUAAUCUACCCUUUUAUAUAAUUUUAAAAUAAAUUUUUGUCCGGGGCAUAACUCUAAAUCUACUGAAGGGAUUUACUUGAAAUAUAAACAGAUGGCAAGUAGGAAAAGUGCAGUGACUAAGAACCAUAACUCUGUCUACCUUAGUUUUUGAAUUUUUUCCCCUUUUAUAUAACUAUAAAGUAAAUUUUUGUCCUGAGCAUUACUCUAAAUCUACUAAAGGGAUUUACUUGAAACUUGAAAUAUAAACAAAUGGCAACUAGUAGAAGUGCAGUCACCAAGAACCAUAACUCUAUCUACCUUAGUUUUUGAAUAAUCUCCCCUUUUAUAAAAUUUUUAAGUUAAUUUUUGUCCGGAGCAUAACUCUAAAUCUACUGAAGGGAUUUACUUAAAACUUGAAACUUAAACAGAUGGCAAGUAGGAGAAGUGCAGUGACUAAGAACCAUAACUCUAUCUACCUUAGUGUUUGAAUUAUAUCCCUUUAUUAAAUUUCAAAGUAAAUUGUUGUCCGGAGCAUAAUGAAUUAUCUCCCUUUAUUUGUUUUUACAAAUAUUAUUCUACUCUCUAAAACAAAUGUUGUCUUACAAGCAAACACAUUUAGGCGGGGAUUUGGCACUACUGUGACAAGCUCUUGUUUUCUAAUUGAAAUCAAGGUCAAUUUUACACAAGGGGGUAACAAUACACAUUUUGAAUUGUCUCCCUUUAUCAGACUUUUUUCAACUGAAAACCUGGUUUUGUGACAAUUUUGUCCCUUGUUACUAUUGUUUUUUGUGACACCUGAUUUUGGACACUAAAAUGAUUUAAAUAAGGUUUAUGUGAGUCUACCUACCUAUUUGACAAACUAAAGUAUUGGAUUGGCCAUCCAAAAGCAUCCACUGUUUAACAUAUAGUAGCACUUGUUUGCAAAAUACUAAGCUUAGUAUUAAUAACUUGAAGAUAUGCUUUACUUUAAAGCCACAUAAAUAAUCAAAUCAACAAAUAUUUCGUAAAAUAAAGUUAACCAAUAGAAAAUCAGUGUUCCUUACAGCAAUAGUUUCAACACUAGAUGUGGUCAAGUAACAUAGAUUUAUAGAGAAACAAAAUGUGAGUUUUCACAUAAUCAAAGCGUCAUCAGAUUAGCACAUCAGGGCAGAAUUCUGGUAAAAUAGCAUUGUACAAUUAACUGUCUAAAAAUUAAGAAUCAUUCUAUAUGUCAAAAAAUUUAGAAUUGUGAAAAAUAAUUAUUUUUUACUGGGUUCCAAAUAUUUUGAGUAAUUGCAGUACUUACCGACUGUAAUGAAGGUGCUUGAAUAUAAUGCUCCUGUACACAUAAAACUGCAGGUUCGUUGCUGAUUUAUGAGUGUGUCUGGCUACUACUUGGGUAUUUAGAUGCCUUGGAACCAGUGUUGCAUUGAAUUCCAUAUAAACUUCCUUUAUCAUUAUAUUGGAGCAUAAUUUGAUGUUUCGUAUUUUUGACAGAUAUUUUUAUAUUUAAUCAUGUAUUUACUAUUCAAUUUGAUGUUUAAUCAGUCAUUAUCAUGCUUAAUAAAAAUGGCAAACUAAA